CAUCCCCUCGGCUCUCUUCGUGUGCAUGUGCUACCUAUACCGGGCGCACUUCUGAGAGCUACAGGCGCACAGGGCUAGCCUUUGCCUGUAAUGAUGCCCCGGACUCUUAAAAAGGAGGGCGGGCCCAUGUCUCAUGUUGUCGCCUGUCGUCUCAUUCGGUCUGUAUCGGUAGCCGGAGGGAUUGCAGAGGAGUCGGGUACGCCGAGCGAGCGGCGAAACCGAUAAGAGAAUGGCGAAAGCACCUGAACAGAUCCC